GCAAAAAUGACGAUAAAAGGCUUUGACGAGUCAAAAUAGCAAACUCCGCCACUACCCACCACCUGUCGCGUUAACAUUGGACAGCACCUUCUCCAAACCCCCAGCGCUCAUUAUUUAAACGCUCAGUCCUCACAAAAACUUUUCCGAAGCAGCCUCAUUUCUGAAUCGAAAAUCAGGUUUAAUCUAGUGAUCACAUAAAAAGUAUGUCGCCAGCCGAUGCUUCCCGAGAAGAAAAUGUCUACAUGGCCAAGUUGGCUGAGCAGGCCGAGAGAUACGAGGAAAUGGUUGAGUUCAUGGAGAAGGUUGUGAAGACAGUGGACACUGAAGAGCUGACUGUUGAGGAAAGGAACCUCCUCUCUGUCGCAUACAAGAAUGUGAUUGGCGCUAGGAGGGCCUCUUGGAGGAUCAUCUCCUCCAUUGAGCAGAAGGAAGAAGGUCGUGGUAAUGAUGACCAUGUCAAGAUUAUCAAGGAAUAUCGGGCCAAGAUUGAGGCCGAGCUCACCAAGAUAUGUGAUGGGAUUCUGAAGCUUCUCGAGUCGCAUCUUGUUCCUUCUGCCUCGUCUGCCGAGUCAAAGGUUUUUUACUUGAAGAUGAAGGGCGAUUACUAUAGGUACUUGGCUGAGUUCAAGACUGGGGCUGAGAGGAAGGAAGCUGCCGAGAGCACUUUGCUGGCUUACAAGUCUGCGCAGGAUAUUGCAUUGGCUGAAUUGGCUCCCACUCACCCAAUUAGGCUGGGGCUGGCACUUAACUUCUCGGUCUUCUACUAUGAAAUCCUCAACUCACCUGACCGUGCUUGUGCCCUUGCUAAGCAGGCUUUUGAUGAAGCUAUCUCUGAACUUGACACAUUGGGUGAGGAAUCAUACAAGGACAGCACAUUGAUCAUGCAACUUCUCCGAGACAACUUAACUCUUUGGACUUCUGACAUUGCGGACGAUGGUGAUGAUAUCAAGGAGACCACCAAACGUGAUUCUGGCGAGGGACAACAGUGAUGAACUUGAAAUGUAGCAGUGUGUUUCUUUAUAUUGUUGGAUUCUUACAACAUUAUUAGUUUGGAUCUGUUGUAGUAAGAAGUGUCUGCUGUUACUGUUGUUUCUUUUCAUGGUUUGGAAGAGUGCAAUGUUUUAUAAGACUAAGGGAAGGAGGAUGGUGACAAGUGGUUCUUGUUCGGGGGUUUUGGUGAAGACAACCAGUUACGGACAAGUAAUCAUGACGAAACAGAAUGGGUUUGCAUCAUCGCCAUUCUUUAGUCACACCCUUUUACUAUUUAUGUUAUUCUAAAUUUUGUUUUAUAAUUUCCUUUUUUUAUUCUUUCUUUUUUCGGAGUCCAUCCAUCAAUGUUAUUGCGUUUUGCAUACUUUUAUAUUAAGAUAUUAUUUUAUAAAAUUUAACAUAAACAAAAAUAUGACAUCUCAUAGUCACAGUAUAAAUAUGCAUUUUUUUUAUAUGAAAAUAUACAAUAACUUGAUCGUUCUAA